CCCUCUCCAUCGGAUUUGACAUAAAGAUUUUCUUAAAAGAAUUCUAUGGAGGUUUGGGAUUUGCUUCCCUCCCAUAGCUAGCUCAUAUUGCUUUUAUAAAGGCGGCCAGAGCUUAGAUUGUUUGUGUGCUGAUAUUCCUCAGUAAUGGGACUGUUAGAUCAGCUUUGGGAUGAUGUGGUUGCAGGGCCUCAGCCGCACAGAGGCCUUGGCAAGUUCAGGAAAAGUGCCACCAUUAACUCCAGAUCUCCAGAGGGUGGUGAGGAGAUAGGACGUGUCACAAAAAGUAUCACAAUUGCUAAGCAUUACCAGGGUCUGUCACUGGACACAAACUCAGUACCAUCGUCUCCCUCUGCCUCCUCUGUACCUUCUACUCCUUCAUCUCCCUCCUCCUCCACACCUAGGGAGAAAGAGAACGUGUGGAGGAGUGUUUUUCAUCCAGGGAGUAACAAGGCCACAGGCUUCAUUGGCUCUCAAAAGUUUGACAAUGCCCAGCCCAACAGCCCAACGGUUUAUGACUGGCUUUACAGUGGUGACACAAAAUCAAAAUAUCGUUGAGGCUUUACAGUGGUGACACCAAAUCAAAAUAUCGUUGAAGAAGUCCAAGUCCUUGGCAAGAUGGAUGUAAAUAUAUGUACAUAUUUGUUUGUGUCAACUUUUAGUGUCCCCAGCUUGAGCUGGUCUUUAUGGAUCUGCAGUAUAUAGUUUUUACAGACUUUGGAGUGGAUUUAGCUUUCAUCAACUUGAGUUAUAUA